GGCGGGCGGAUGCGGCGGCGGCCAAUCAGCGCGCGGCGUUUUCCGCGGGAAAUCCGAAUUUCGCGGCACGUCGUUUGGCGCUUAAAAAAAAAAAAAAAAAAAAGAGCGAGCGAAAGAGAAAGGAAAGGAAGGGGAGAAAGAAAGAAAGAAAGAAAGAAAGAAAGAAAGAAAAAGACGCGGCCGAGGAGGGGAAGGAGCCGGAGCCGCCGCCGGGCCGGGCAGAGGCGGCGCGCCGCGCCGGGCCGCCCCGGCCUCCAUCCGGUUCGAGCGCGGACGGCUGCCGGGGGCGACUUUUAGGGCGAAACUCGCCUUUUUAGCAGGGGUUUGCUGGCUGUGCCCCCCCUCCCCUCCUCCCCUCCCGGUGCUGCAGCUUUUGAGCGUUUUCUUAAGGGUUUUUUGGAGUUCCGGCCGCUGUCAGGGCCCUGCGGAUCCCUCUGGCGGCUGCAGGCGGGCAGCUCCCCCCGAUCUCCCCUUUCCUCCCCCCAAAAUGCUGCCCCUGGGCUUGUGACCUCCCCGGCUCUGCGAAGCCGAGCUGCGUCUCGGCCCCCUCCCCCGGGCCAGCUGGGCUUCUCGGAAAGGACUUUGCAAUGCUGCGGCUCCCCAGGGGAGUGUCCCCCGGCGCGGGGAGGGGGGGCGUCGCCCUCCCGCCCCACCACCUCCACCAGCAGCAGCAGCAGCAGCAGGCCGUGGCGGUGAUGGGCUCCGCCGAGCGGGCGGCCUCCAGCCUGGGCAGCCCCCCGGUGCCCUCCGUGCCCGGCGGCUACUUCACCCAGCUCUACUCGCAGGCGGCUGUCAGCGUCGCCGCGCCGGGGGGCGGCUGCCUCUACGCCACCCCGCAGGGCCCCGAGCUCAGGAGCGUCCGAUCGGCCUCUGCGGGAAGGCUGCCGGCCAAGCGGAAGCUGGACCUGGAGGGUCCCGGGCAGCCGUGCCGCCCCGAGUUUCGCACGCCCAAGGGCAAGGGCAGGACCCUGGCCCAGGUCCCCAGCCCGAGGACCCCCAAGUCCCCCGGCGAGAGGACGCGCUACGACACCUCGCUGGGGCUGCUCACCAAGAAGUUCAUCCACCUGCUCAGCGAGUCGGCCGACGGCGUCCUGGACCUCAACCGCGCCGCCGAGGUGCUCGAGGUGCAGAAGCGGCGCAUCUACGACAUCACCAACGUGCUGGAGGGCAUCCAGCUCAUCCGCAAGAAGUCCAAGAACCACAUCCAGUGGAUGGGGACCGGGAUCUUUGAGGACACGUCGGUGACGGCGAAGCAGCAGGUGCUGCGCGAGGAGCUGGCCGAGCUGGCCAAGACGGAGAGGACGCUGGACCAGCUCCUGCAGGACUGCGCCCUGCAGCUAAAGCAGCUGACGGACGAUGAAGCCAACCAGAGGCUCGCGUACGUCACCUACCAGGACCUCCGCGCCAUCAGCAACUUCCAGGAGCAGACGGUGAUCGCCGUGAAGGCGCCGCCGGAGACGCGGCUGGAGGUGCCGGACUUCAGCGAGGACAACCUGCAGCUCCACCUGAGCAGCACCAACGGCCCCAUCGAGGUGUACCUGUGCCCGGAGGAGAUCCCGGACGACAGCCCUGCCAAGGAGACCGGCGGCUCCUCCACCACGUCCCUGCGGGACCUCGCCACCCCCUCCCCGGAGAAAGCGGAGCCCCCCCGGCCGGCGCUGGUGGAGGUGGAGGAAGGGCUGCUGGGCUCGCCCCAGCACCUCCUGCAGCAGACGGAGGACCAGCUGCCCUGCGCCCCCUCCUACCUCGACUCGGGGCCCUUCGUCGCCUUCUCGCCGCCCCUCGACCAGGACGACUACCUCUGGGGGCUGGAGGGGGGCGAGGGCGUCAGCGACCUCUUCGAGGCUUACGACUUGGGCGACCUGCUGAAGAACUGACCUUCCUCUCUCCCCGUCGCCCUCCUCCUCUUCCCGGCCCCCCGCUACGGUGCUGACGGCCUCCACGUGCCUUCGGCCUCCUCCCUCCCUCGGCGCAGGUUAAACCGCCGGGGUCUCCCAGGGUGGUGGUGGGGGUCUUUCAUGCAGGGUGGGUCCGCGGGGCUCGGGGCUGGCUGCGGGCGGGUGUGCGCCGCUCUCGGAGCCGGGACCCCCGGGGCGUCCGUCACCCUCGGUGGCCUCUCCUGCCUCCUCCGCCUGCCUGUUGGAGGGGCUUUGGGUGCUGGAUUUGGCCCCUCGCUGGGCUGCGGGAACGCCCAGACUUCCCAUCAAAGGAUCCAGCCCGAUCCCAUGUGAUCGCUGGCUAUAAAAAAAGGGGGGGAAAAAAAAUCAAGUGAAACCUCCCCAAGAUGAUGCCGUCUUCGUGGUGCCCUGGGGCUGCUGGCAGACCGGGCACGCUUGGGUGCACAGGGGUUUCGGGGGUGCUUGUCGCGGGGGGGCUCCUCUCGGGGUCCUUCCCCGUGCCCCCCGGUUAGGCCAGUUCUUUCGGGUCGGGACUGGUUGCUUAGGGUGGUUUUGGGCAGGCAAGACCCGUACGGAUCAUGUGUGUGCUGAGCGCUGAGAUUCCUCCUUCCCUGCUCCAUCCCGGCCCUUCUCCCACGGCCCUGCGAGGGGGGGGGCGGCUCGGUGCUUCUCGUCGCCUGGGUUUCAGCUCAUCAGAGCUGUUUCGUUCCCCAAAGUAGCUGCAAUAACCUUAAAAAAAAUAAUAAAGUCAGCAAAGAUCAGGUCACCUCCGGUUAGAGAGAGAAGAUACUGCGCUCGCUGCAGUAUUUCUUGGGAGGAUGCGGCCCCUCUCCCUCCAAUCUGUGCUAGUUCACUUCAGUGUCUUAAAGCUCUUUGUACUGGGGGUAUUUAAACUGGAGCCGGGGAGGAGGGAUGAUAUUUGUAGCUUUGGUAAAUCAUCUCUCCGCCUUGAAAACAAGCGGGAAGGGUUUCGGCUGGUGCUGCCACCCGGGGGGUGGUGACGCGGCCUGGCCGUGCUGGGGACCGAGCAGCAUCGCGGGUACCGGCUUGUCGGGAGCAACAGGAUUCGGGAGAGCUGGAAGCUGGAUGUGACCUCGGGGGCCGCGUUCUCCGCCUGCCGCGGGCCUAAUCCGGAGCAGCACCCGCAGACGGGGGCUCCGGGAAGCAUUAAUGUGGGCCGGCGGCUGCGGCAAAAGAGAGCUCCCCCGCGGCCCCAUCUCCUUCUUCCCCCUCCCCAAAUCCCCCUUGCCGGGUCCAGCACGCGCCGGGCAUCUCUGAGCUGCAAGCUGGGUGAGCGGAGCCGGUCCCUCCCGGAGGCCAAAGUCCCCGGCGAAGUCCCUGCCGCCGCCUUGCACCUUCGAGCCCUUUCCCUUGGGAAUUUGCUAGGAAGCCGGUCCCGGAGGGGUUGCUUUUAGUUCCAGCCUUUGUAAAAUGUACAUAAUUAUUGCACUGUAUUUAUAUGGGACCCACCUUUGGACACCGUGGUGUCGAGGGCUUGCUGGGUGUCUUGGUUUUUAAGCGAGUGUAUUUAAGUUGUCCUCCCUAGAGUCUGUUCUCCUGCGGUUUGGCUUGGACUUGUUGUGGGUGAGAAUGUGUUUUAUUGUGAAAAACUUGUGGCACUUGAUGUUUUCUGCCCAGCAGGGGAUGAAAUGAAAUAAAAAUUUUGAGUCAAAGAGGGUUGUUUUCCUCUAAGAAA